GCCUUCAAGAAAAAUAUGGGAUCUAAGAAUCAAUAAAAGUGUUGCACUAGUAGUAACUAACUACAAAAACACUACAAUCUUGUCCAGCAAGUUGUAGACGGCGAAACCACAAGCAUCAAUCUCACUGCUUUGCUAAAAUGGCGCACCGAAAAACAAAGAGGAGAAAACCUUUACCAUGUUCCGUGACAGCCGCCACGAUCUCCACUGCAGCUGCAUUAGCGCUCCUCGCGAGAGUUGUUCUGUCCGAAAAGCCUUUUGUUCUUUCCUCCCAGAACCAAAACUGGUUUCCCGAUCACGACUGCAGAAAUUCGGAGAAAUGGAACCACUGGCGGGAACAAAUCCGCGACCAGCCCACGUGGCUGCGGCCGGAGAACACGAAGGUGCAAGCGGGAAUUGUGGACUUCUACUUGAAGCAAAAUCCAUCUGGACAAGACCAGGCGUACAACAGCGACCCGGCGGACCCAAGUGCUCUCCUCCCCCACGAAGGGAAGAUGUAUGAGGAUUGUUAUCUCGGCGCCCUCUACUCCGGCCUGAUCGUCAUGCUGACCUGCUGGCUGCGACAAGACUCGUGCUACUUUGAGAACGAGCAGAAACUGCAGAGAAUGUUCCCGCCUUUAAGAGUCCUGAUCGGGACGGAGUGGCCGAUAUUGGAGACGUUGGCGGAGACAGAUUGGUCCGCGAGUCCGAGCGCAAAGGAUCUGCAAGUGACCUGCGAUUUUCCCACAGAGAAAAAACCGCUCGUGGACUGGACACGGUUCAAGGAAGUAUAGAAAAUGGUACUUCUUCUUCUAGUUCUAUCUUCUUCUGUAGUACCUGCGUCGUGAAGGCUGUUCUUGGUGUUGGCUUCUGGAAUUUCAAUUUCAGUGCACCGCGUGUGCAUGUGGUGCAUGAGAAGUGUUGCUGUGUACUAGCAGGGCAGUCAUUUUACAUCACAAAUUCUUUCUAGGUUUUCACGACCUCGCCAAAUUCCUGGUUCGACUACGCCGUGAAAAUCGCCUACGGGAAAGAGCUGGAACAAAACACCCAAGUAGCCAUCGCCGAAUGCCCCCUUGGGUUCCUGACCGCGAACAUUGUGAAAGCGUUGCUCUGCGCGAACACGGAGUCCGUGUGUUUCCCCGCCCACGCCGGCGCAGUGGAUCAGGUGAUGGAGAACUUGAGCUUCCACGCCCUGUUCGGGGGUACCUGGCCCAUUGGCACUCUGCUGGUGCAUUUACGACGGCAGGUAAAAAGGCAUGGGUACAUGUUAUCAAAGGGAAAAAUCCCCCCUCCCCAUAUCGAAACGAAGUUUCUGAUGCUGGAUUUGCGUACACAAAUCAGGUCUGUCUUGCUGGAGAGGACUGCAGGCAUAUGCCAAGCCUGGGCCGAGAGGUUUUGACGUAGGGGACUAGCAUGACAGACGUCGGCCCUGUAAGCCCAACAGCAUCACAAACCGCCGGCAUAAUGCGGCGGACUCUCUGGCUUUGCCUUCUUGCAAGACAGACAGGAUUUGCGACCUCAAAUCUGCAUCACAAAUUUUUAGACGGAUGCGUUUUCAAUAUGGGGAGGGGGGAUUUUUCCUUUCAAUACAUGUUGGGGUUUUCCGAGAAAGAACUGGCGGAUCAGUUCUACAACGAUGAACAUGUAGAAGUGGACAAUACUAAAGUUCGUGAUGACACAGACACCAGCGUCGGCGAUUUGGGUCCAUCUUCAUCUUCUGGCAGGAUACAUGCAGUCACCACGCUUUUUGGCGCUGCAUCUACUAGUUCGAGAUCAAGCAGAACAGCUGCACGACUACCAACAGAAAAUUGGUGGUGCAGGAGGAGUGGUGGGGAAGCAGAUUUGAUGUUUUCUGCAGCGCCAGAAUUUCAAGGUUUUGAAUUCCGGAUCUCCGCCUUUUCCCCAACCAUGCAGAACUUUUUAACCUUGGUCGCGAAACGCAAGCUCUGCGCCGUGACCUGGGACAUACGAGAUAGCAUCGUUUUGACCACGAUGGUGUACGGGAAAAAAUUCCACAAGUACAUCACCCCCUUCCUCCAGCGCGUCGACGCGGUGGGAGUGAAAUUCUUCGUCCUGUGGUGCUUAGACGAAGAAGCGCUGUUGCAAUGCGAAAGGACGACAGCUGCAUUGACGCCUUCAACAUCUUCGUCCACGCGGAUGGAGGCAAGCCCUGGCGAGUGGUUUGAGCAGAGCAACAUGUGGGAGCUGUACGGGGUGAAAAAGCCAGACGGAGAAGGCGGGACGACCAGGGGCAGCUCGGAGAGGAACUACUACGAGGACCCUAGCAACAGAAAAAUUUUCUGCGUCCGCGGAUUCACCAAAGGAAUUCUGAACAAGUUUUCCCUGCCGUUGGUCUUGCUGAAUUAUAAGCUGCACGUUUUGUGGGUGGAUUUCGACACGUUUCUGUUCCGAAAUCCAGUGGAGGAGGUGGUAAAGCAGAUCGGUGAAAUGGCGUUGCGGGAGGAUAUUCUUGAAGAAGCAGAAGAGGUGGAGCAGCAGGGCACCAGUACUGGUGGGUCUGGAAGAACAGGAGCACCUGCGAGUUUGCCCGAUCAACCGGAUAAACUACACGAACUGUCACACGAGCCCCCAGGAGCGGCUGAGCGUGCCGCCAUUUUCGAAAAUUUUCCCUUCGACUUCAUCACAGAAGAUGAAAAGGACCACGAAGCGUAUUGGAAGAAACUACAUCGCAAUGGUGGAAUAAUAAAUACCGACAUGGAACAACAACAAGGUCAAGCGCCGUCUGAUGCAAAAAUUGAUAUAGCACAAAAAUCCGAAAGCGAAACCCCAGCAACUCCCGACCUUCUUCUCUCCGGCAGUUUCUCCACCGAGUGCAUCAACUCUGGUGUCAUUUUCUUCCGCUCGCGACCGAACGUCCGCCGGUGGCUUCUUGAGGUUCUAAAAUGGAUGUACGAUCACCCCUACGAACACGAUCAGAAGUGUGUUUCCGCGUUUCUCGGUGCGGGGGAGCGGGUCGCGUUCCCGCACGAAAUGCCACAGGUGUUGUUUGAAGACGAUAAUUUAAUAUUUCGAGCGGCGUCGAGGACGAGUGCGAGUGGAGGUGGACUACGACGAGAUGGCACGACAGCUGCUGGUGGUCGUGCGACCUCCAAAAAUGACGCCGGCACGAGGACACAGCAUGAAGUCGUUCGUCUUGUCACCUUUGACUACCUCGACCCCGAGACGAAGUUCGUGACCAGCAAGAACGUCCCGGAUGGGGGCUGGACCGGGGACCCGGACAAGCUCGUUGUGUUUCAUUUCUUGCACGGGGAAAGCGACCAGAGUUUGGGGGGGCACGGGUUCACGCAGGACCAUUUCGAGUACUUCGAUUACAUGCAGGGCUUUUACGGCGCUGGGGCGGUUCUCCUUGAUGUAGUUCCACAUGAAAAUUAUACUCGAGAAGGAGAGCAGGUGGAUAAUCAUAAUGACGUCGUUCCUUUGCAAAUGAACGCUCUGUACAGUCAACCCGACAUGUGGAAAGAGUCUGCUGCCAUCGCGGACUCUUUAGCAAGGUCGCGGGUGGAUGGGGGCAGACCGGCGAAGGAACUGAGGAAGAAGUGCAAUGAGACCGUGCCUAUGAACUACUAGCGGAAUGAUGUUGAAUUCAUGUUGGAUCUGCGGUGCGUCCUCUUAGUCGCACCGCCUUCAACUCGACGAAAGCAGGUGCGCAGAAAGAAACAUCAAAAACCAU